GGUCCGGUUUGACCGACUCUGGUUCCCACACCUAGGGAUUGUAGAAGGCACUGACACACCACAGCCGUUCCUGUCGCCCCUGGACCACCUGGUGGACGUGCAGCGCAUGCUGCCGGGGAAGCUCAAGGAGGACGAGUUCGGCCCUGCUCUGCUCAAGUCAAAGCUCGCAGUGGAGCUGUGCAACGAAGGCUCUCCUGACUGUCCUCUCACACCAGACCCUCCUACUGACAAGAUCCGAAUAAAGAAGUCGCCACAGCAGAAUGAGCUCAAGGCAGCACUAUCGCAGUACGCAGACGUAAAAUGGAUCGAGUUUUCUUCGAUGGUGGAUUCGUUUGGAGGGUGGGAUGAUAAGGGAAUGGAGAAGAAGUUCAGGUGGAGGCUAAGGCAGUAUAUGGGCACGUCGUGCUGCGUGAAUGCACAGCCAGGCCAUAUCUGGUAUGAUUUCUUUAACGAUGAGAUCCCAGGGUGGAAGCCACGGCCACCUGCCAAUUGGACAGAGGACCACCCGCCAUGGGGCAAGGACCAGCCCGGUGCCUCAUGGGACCAACCCGGUGGGUUAUGACUAGCACAGGCGGUCUGGCGGUUGCUUUCUUGAGAAGCCUCAAGUGACACGCAAGGGGGGGAAC